UUGAAUUGACAUGAAUGAUGGAUGAGAAAUGGGGAUUGUAAUUUCAGAAUUCAGAUUUGAGAUUUGAGUUUGUGUUUUUAAAUUUUACUUUUUAUCGUAUGCGGUGAAUUGUGAUAAUUGGUUGUGAUUAUUGAAGUUUUAUAUGAAAGAAAAUACCAUUAAACGCUACAAUUACAUUCUUAUUUACAAUCACUGGUUAUAAUGUCACAUAUUAACGACUUCAUAGGUGUAGUGAGGGGUCUUCGUCAAGUUGUGGAGGCUAGUAUUAAAUUACAACAAGAGAGCACUAGACUAAUAUGGAAUAACUCGAGCUUUAAACCGCUUAUCCAAAAUUGUCCUUCUAACACCUUUACAAACAAGGCAUUACCUGAAACGCCUAAGGAUGUGCUUGAAAGAGCUAUGGUUGUGGUACAUGGUCUUAGGCAGUAUGCUCUAAUGCAUGUACCCAAUUUCAAUACCAAGGUGGAAAAACAGACAAUGGAUGCACAACUGCAAGAUGAGAUUGAACAGCUAAAUAAAGAAUUUGACAAAACAUUUGAAAGUUUAAAAAAGUCACAGGCACAAUCUAAUGCCUCUGUGUCCAUAUCUUCCAAUGAAAUUGUUGUGCCUUUGGAAAAGUUGAAAUUCCAAGCAGAGAGACUUAAAGUGAAUCCUAUUGUAACUCCUAAGGUAUUAGAACAUGUAUCAGAUCCAGUAGAAAAAGUAACAGCAAUUAAUAUUGAGCAGAGUAAAUCAUCACCAGCAGCUAAGCCAAUUGUAAAGAAGAAGUUAAAAGUAUCAUUGAGUGCAAGUUCCAAACCAAGAGUAGUCCCAUCAUCACGUAUUGGCAGAAUGAUUUCGUUUGGUUCAUUAGCCGCCGGCUUGGGAGUUGGAACAGUGGCACAGUAUGCCAGGAAUACCCUACAGUCUGUGACAGGGAAACCAGAUGAUACAAGCAAUGCAUUCCUUUCACCAGCCAAUGCUGAAAGGAUAGUAGACACACUUUGUAAAGUGAGAGGUGCUGCCCUGAAAUUGGGCCAACUCUUAAGCAUACAAGAUGACUCAAUGAUACCAUCGGACUUGCAGCGAAUAUUUGAGCGUGUGCGUCAGUCAGCUGACUUCAUGCCCACAUGGCAAGUGGAAAAAGUGAUGACCUCACAGCUCGGUCCUGAUUGGCGAAGCCGGGUACAAUAUUUUGAAGAAAAGCCAUUUGCUGCUGCAUCAAUAGGGCAAGUGCACUUAGCGGUGCUACACAGCGGGCAAGAAGUGGCUAUGAAAGUGCAGUAUCCGGGAGUUGCAAAGGGAAUUAAUAGUGACAUUGACAAUCUUGUUGGUGUUCUUAAGGUAUGGAAUGUAUUCCCGAAGGGCAUGUUUAUUGACAAUAUUGUAGAGGUUGCUAAAAAGGAAUUGGCUUGGGAAGUGGAUUACAUUCGAGAGGCGGAAUGUACUAGAAAGUUCAAGAAACUUCUAGCACCCUUCCCGGAGUAUUACGUUCCUGAAGUUAUUGACGACUUAUGCGCGCCUGAAGUGAUGACCACAGAGUUAAUAGAAGGCCAGCCCAUAGACAAGCUGUUCGAUGCUGAUGAAGAAACGAGAUACGACAUCGCUUAUAAAAUCAUGCAGCUUUGCUUGCGCGAAAUGUUUGUGUUGCGUUGCAUGCAGACGGAUCCCAAUUGGGCGAACUUCUUUUAUAACACUAAUACCAAACAGGUGGUUUUAUUGGACUUCGGAGCGACGCGUGAAUACUCGAAGGAGUUUAUGGAUCAAUACAUUGAGAUUAUAAACGCAGCAUCAGAAGGUGACCGUGACGCUAUACUGCACAUGUCGCGGGACAUGAAAAUCUUAACUGGCUAUGAGUCAAAGCUUAUGGAAGAAACUCACAUCGACACAGUGAUGAUAAUGGGGGAAGUGUUCACCAGAGAGGGCUCGCAGGGCUUCGACUUCGGCUCGCAGAGCACCACGAAGCGGAUACAAUCCCUCGUGCCGACGAUACUCACGCACAGACUUUGCCCGCCACCAGAAGAAAUAUAUUCGUUGCAUCGUAAACUCUCUGGCGUUUUCCUACUCUGUUCUAAAUUAAAAGUCAAAAUGAAUUGCCGGGAAAUGUUCCAAGAUAUAUACAGGCAAUAUAAAAGCGACGGCUUCCAUUGAUUGAUGAUAAAGUUUAGCACAAAAAUCGACGAAAUAGUCACUGGAAUAUGUUUGCUUUCACGGUGGAUUUUUGAAUCGAACAAAUCGAACAAAUAUAACAAAUAUAAUUUAGACAAGUUAUCGUAAAUGCGUGCUUAUUAAUUAUAGACAACUUACCAAUAGUUUUUUUUAGAAAGUUAAUAACUUAAAGAUUGAAGGUUUCUAGAAACAUUGUUUUUGAAACCUUGCGCUAUACUAGAUUAUAACAUAAUUACGCAUUUCUUUUACUAAUAAAUUUGUCUGGACGAUCCAGGUGUAAAAAAAUGAAAUUUGAAUUUAAUAUUAAUCAUGCUACCUCACAUAUUGUAUUUAUUUAUAUGUUCUUAUAGAGGGUUGUUUAUAAGUAUUAACAUUAUUAAUGAAAUACGAUACAAUUACAAAUAUUUUGUCAUUUUUCUAUGUAGAUUAUAGGCUAAAAGUAAAUGUGUUGUAGAUUAAUGUUGAAUUAUUAACAAAAUAAAAAUGUUGUGUGAA